AUGUUCUCAAACUUACUAGCGAUAUCCAGAUAUAUUUCAUUUUUCGGCUAUUUUUUCACAUUGUUCACAAAUAUUUUGUUGAUAAUUCUAACUGUUUGGUACAUCAAACGGGAUUUUGGAACUUACAAGAAAUUGAUUGUGAUUUUUUCAAUCGUCGGAAUAUUGUUUGAUACUUUGGAUGUUGCGGUGAAACCGGUUAGUAAUUAGAUUUUUUUUUAUUUUCCAAGAAUUUUUAGCUAGUUCAUUCUAUAAACUCUGGUUUUAUUGUCUUCACCCCUGUCGUAUCCAACUUCAUUUCGCGCCAAAACUUCACUCGACUUCUAGCAAUCUACGGUGGCUCAUUCUAUGUUUCUACCAUCACAGAAUGUAAUUUACUACCCGAAAAAUUUCGCGCAUUUUUUGAGACCUGACACGAUCUUAGGGGCGGGACUAAAAUCGACGAAAUUCAACGCAAAAACGAGAGAUUUAGAGAAACAUGAUUUUUGAUCUACCCAAAAAUUAAUGAAACAUUUGAGGUCUAGCGAUUUGAGGUAGUAAAUUACACCCUGUAUACCACUGUUCGUUAAGAUUAAGAUUAAGAGCUUAGAUAUGUUGGCUAAAAAAUAAUGAAGAGACAUCUAAGUGAUCAUGUUGAAUAUUACUUCCAGUUUCUCAACAAAGUUUUCAAAUUCUCAAUGAAAAACGUUUAAUUUUGAUGUUCUAACAGGACUUCAGAGAAACAAACUGUUCAUCAAAAGAAUACUGAGCGCGAAGCCGCGACAACCCAGAAGGAGGAGCCGGCGAUAGCCGGCGGAGCCCUUCUGGUCAAUGGUGAAUUGAACAAAAUUUCGGAAAAUUUUUUGAAUAUUUUUUUCAGAUUUUUUCAACGACCUCAAACAUUAUUCAUGUUUUUAGACAAUACUUUGAUCUUCAAAUUUUUAAGUACUUCUUACCAAUUAUCUCAUAAAGCGGAUAUGUUUUCAACCAAAAACAAAAGUACAGAAAUUACGGUAAAUUAGUUCAGCAAACAAGUUCAGCAGAAGAACUAGUGAGCAAAUUUCGAAUCGCCAAUUUUCUACAUUUUUUGUGAUUUAUUCUCUGAUUUUAUCUGGAUGAAACGUUUUCCAACAAUAAACGUCUAGAUUUUCAUAUCGAAAUUUAAAUUUUUGAACAUCUGCGCGUCCAUGAAUAAAAAUUUUGCAAACAUCUGUAGAUGAAUAAAAUCUAUCAUCAUUUCAUUUCAAUAAAAAAUCAGAUUGUUCGGUUAGAUAACUUGAUGUUACGGUACAUUUUCAUUCGGUGUUCCGAAAAUUUUCAAAAUCGCAGAUAAAAUAUUUUCUCAGACACCCAGUCUAUGUUCAAGCGAUUUUUGAAAAUUGUUAAUUUGAUCUCAAACAUCAGUGUUGCCAGAAUUUUCUUUUGAUAAAUUCAAAUAUUUCUUUCUGAAAAUUGUUUUCACUUUUGUUUCUGUCUGAUGAAAAUAUUGAAAUAAUUGAAAUUGAUUAUGGUGAAUUUUUUCUAAUCUUGAUUUCCUAUUCACAAAAGAACGUUAUCUCAAAAUUACAUCUUGACUGUAACUUCAACACUUUUUUUUAAAGUCAAUUUAGCGCACAUAGAAAGUGAUCUAAAAAUUAACCUGAAUUUUAAUUCUAGGGAAAUGUAGAAAAAAAACAAUUUAUUUGAGUAUCCGAAUUUAUUGAUUUGCAAGCACAUUGUUAAAAUUCCAAAAAACAAUCUUCCGAUUUCUCAAAACCCUCACAAAUUUUCUAUCAAAAAUCAAUUUUUUGGCAUAAAAUCCAAAUCCAAAGUGAAAAUGUAUAUAUUUUUAUGAAUGUAGAGUGUUUCGAGAUCGCCUAACUCCAAAAUAUUAACUUCAUCGAUUCUUCACAAUCAUCGAAAAUUGAUCAGAAUUGAGAAGGGUUUCCAUGGGAAUAUCAAGAUUCAGGUCAAAAAACCAUAAAUUUUUCGCUAUGGCAUUGACAAAAGUUUAGACUUCUGCCAAAACCGUAGGAAUUUCAUGAAAGUUUGUCCCAUAUUGAAAAUCACUCGAUGUUUUUUGUAUUUCAACGAAUUUAUUCGAAAUCGGCGAUAAAAUCAACAUUCGCAAAACAUAGAUUCAAUGUGUUGAUUUUCGAGGGAAAAAAUGUAUUGGUCUACAUAAUUUCAAACAUUGGGCACAUAAUUGUUUUUUGAAAUUGAAAAUAUUAUGAUGGCCUAAAUUUGGUAACUUGUUGAGAUCUACUAUCAAAUUUUUUAAAGUAAAAACCCUUUCGUGCAAAAAUUCGAAAAAAAAAGUGGGCGGAGUCUAUCCCUUUUUCGUCUCGCGUCUCUUCUGCACCCUCCACACUCUCAUUUUCUCUCACGUGAAAUUAUGGCUGUUCUCCAAGCCCGUUCCACACGAAAACGAACAGUUAUUUUUCGCUAUGUAAAUCGCCUAAUCAGAUCUUUUUCCCCAAUUUUCCGAUGCAAAUUAAUUAUCUUAUUUAAAAGAUCGAAAAGAGACCAUUCAUGAGUGAUGACGGCUUUCGCAAAACAACUUCGAAUUAUAUUUAUUCUCAUAUGCGCAACUAUUUUCUGUUUUUAUUAUUUUUAUAAAUCUAAACCGGAACCGAAACCCGAAGCACAAACAAUUCAACUCAAAAAUCUCGAAUUCGUUUCACCCUAUUUUUUUCAAAAUCAAUCAUUUACAACUGAACAUUUGAAAUCUUCACGCUAUAAUAUCACAACUUGUCAAAUUAGAAAAUCAAUGUCUCAAAUGGCUGUGAAUAUGAUGUGUUUUCUAGCAAAACCAGAAGCUUUUAUAAGCAAAAAUCUAACAUUCAAUCAAAUGUGGGCUGAAGAAAGGUGAUUGAUUUUUGAUAAGCUAAAUUUAACUUGGAAGUACUAUUUCAGUAUUUGCAAUGAUACAAUGUUUUUUGGCUUCCCAGACAUGGAUUCACAAUUCACAAGACUUGUAUUUCUUCGUGACCCAUUCGAGAGAUUUAUUUCAUUUUACCUGGAUAAAUGUGUUCAAGAAAAACGAUGUUAUGAUUGUGAAGAAGAAGAUUUGCGAUGUUUUACUCAACGAAUGUAUGAAAGUUUAUUGAAAAUAUCGAAAGGACAAAAAUUAAUGUACGAGACAGGAUUCAAUAAGGAAUUUUAUUUUGAUAUACAUGCAUUACCAUUAUCUUGGUGUUGUGAUUUUUUGCAUUAUCGCAAAAUUUAUCAUAUUUUGAUUAUUGGUUCGGAUUUGAAGGAUCGUCAAAAACCAUUCUCACAGUUGUCAGAUAUUUUGCGACGUAAAAAUGUGCCGCAAAAAUAUAUUUCAAAAAUCUUGAAGAACACACUGAAAUCCGAAACUCCACAUUCAACACAUAAAUCUUCAUUGAGAAAUCAAACAGUUCAAAAAGUCAAAACUGAUCCAAUCAUUCGAGAAUAUCUUCAUAAAACAUAUUUCAAUGAUUAUUUGGUUUUUCCGGAAUUCGAUCGAUCACAUUUGGAUAAUGAAUAUCAACAAAAAAAUGGAAAAUGGGAUCAAAAAUAUGAAAAUGAAUAUGAAAAUAUCAUUCGAAUGCAGAAUUCGUUUGUGAAAUUUAAACAUUGA